GACACAGGCAUAGGGAGAAGCAGGCUCCAUGCACCGGGAGCCUGAUGUGGGAUUCGAUCCCGGGUCUCCAGGAUCGUGCCCUGGGCCAAAGGCAGGCGCCAAACCGCUGCGCCACCCAGGGAUCCCUAAAAAUAAAAUCUUAAUAGGGUAGUGAUGAGGAGCAGAGGAAGUCAUACAAGUGAAGCAUUGGCUCUUGUGGAUCCCAGCGGGAAGGACUGUGCUUAUGGGGGUGGGGGAGCUUUCCCUUUCUCCUCACUUUACAACCUGAACUGGACACCAGUCCGCAUGAGGUGGUGUUGGGGAUGCUUCUGCAGGAUUCUCACCCCAUCUGUGAUCCAGCAACUAAAGGGGUGACACUUGGCCCCGUACUGGUGUGUGCCUACCAGUUAGGGUUGUUAGGACUUCUGAGUAUUACCCCUCUUUACCACCUUCCUCCUUCUCCAGGAGAGGAAUCAGAGCAGUCUUUUUGGGAACAUGAAACAGGCUGUGGCAAGGAGGCCUUCCAGCCCAGAUAGUGUGAGUCAUAAGCAGGAAAAGAGCAUGGUUUUUUAGUGGAGAGAGGGAUUCGUGAGGAACUCCUGAUGCAGGGUACUGCAGAGGACGUGUGGCCUGGGGCAUUGGGAAGGAGAGCAUUCCCAAGUUUCAUGAAGGGUGGACAAGAGGGGUCAAGAGCCCAGCCCCACUCUGUGAACAGGCACCCCCCUGUUAUUACCAGCUGUGUGUGACUGUGGCUCUGGAACUCAAGACCUUCUGCUGAAAAAUGGGACCUCAAGCCCUGACUAUGCCCACAGGGGAAGUGGCUGUGUACUUUCUGUAAAGUGACCAGCACAACUCAAACUUGGGUUGCCUGCUAUUUCUUUCGGAUGGGCCUUCCAGCAAGAGAUGAGAAGGAAGAGGCCCCGCAUCAGGGAAUCACUGAGGCACCCCCGCUCUGCUCCAUGUUGGCUGUGCUCUCAGGCCUGCGCCAUGCCCCCCCCAGCGGAGGUGACAGACCCGUCCCAUGCCCCUGCCGUCCUGCGCCAGCUCAAUGAGCAGCGUCUCCGUGGCCUCUUCUGUGACGUCACCCUCAUAGCUGGAGACACCAAGUUCCCUGCUCACCGCAGUGUCCUGGCUGCUUCUAGUCCUUUCUUCAGAGAGGCCCUGCUUGCUUCAGCUCCACUGCCCCUCCCACCAGUUACUGGGGGCCCUGCCCCCAACCCUGCCACCACCACAGCUGCCUCUUCCUCCUCUUCCUCCUCCUCUUCUUCCUCCUCCUCUUCCUCUUCUUCCUCUUCCUCAUCUUCCCCACCUCCGGCCUCACCCCCUACAUCCUCCCCACCCCGGGUCCUGGAGCUGCCAGGGGUCCCGGCGGCUGCCUUCUCCGAUGUCCUCAACUUCAUCUACAGUGCCCGGCUUGCUCUACCUGGCGGCGGAGGGGACGGGGCAGCGGUGGCAGAGAUUGGAGCCCUGGGCCGACGUCUGGGCAUCUCCCGCCUGCAGGGCCUGGGGGAGGGAGGUGAUGCCUGGGUACCUCCGGCCCCUGCCCCCAUGGCCACCUCGCAGUCGGAAGAUGAUAGCUUUGGCCCAGGGCCCAGACCAGCCGGGGAGUGGGAGGGGGACAGGGCUGAGGCCCAGGCCUCUGACCCACAGCACCCCCUGCCUCGGCGGCCCCUCCCCUGCCCACGAUGCGGGAAAAGCUUCAUCCAUCCCAAGCGUCUGCAGACCCACGAGGCCCAGUGCCGAAGGGGGGCCGGCCCUCGGGGGCCUGCAGGGCUGGGAUCGGGGGGCCCAGGCCCCAGCGGCCCCGCGGGAGUGGAUGCCUCAGCCCUGCCUGCCCCGGUGGGUUUCCGAGGCGGCCCUGAGCACGUGGUAAAGGUGGUGGGCGGCCACGUGCUGUACGUGUGCGCAGCCUGCGAGCGUUCCUACGUGACCCUGUCCAGCCUGAAGCGCCAUAGCAACGUGCACUCCUGGCGGAGGAAGUACCCCUGCCGCUACUGUGAGAAGGUGUUCGCGCUGGCUGAGUACCGUACCAAGCAUGAGGUGUGGCACACUGGGGAGCGCAGGUACCAGUGCAUCUUCUGCUGGGAGACCUUUGUCACUUAUUAUAACCUGAAGACCCACCAGCGAGCCUUCCAUGGCAUUAGCCCGGGCCUCUUAGCCAGUGAGAAGACACCCAAUGGAGGCUACAAGCCCAAGCUCAAUACCCUCAAGCUGUACCGCCUGCUCCCCAUGCGGGCAGCCAAGCGGCCCUAUAAGACCUACAGCCAGGGAGCCCCUGAGGCUCCCCUUUCUCCAAGCCUCAACACACCGGCCCCCGUAGCAAUGCCUGCCAGCCCACCACCCGGACCCCCACCUGCCCCCCAGCCCGGCCCCCCACCCUCUGUAAUCGCUUUUGCCCACCCGGCUCCCUCUGUCAUUGUUCACGGGGGCAGUAGCAGUGGUGGAGCAGGGGGUGGGCCGGCCAACACAGGGGGAGCCCAAGCCGCCUCGGUCAUCACUUACACUGCUCCCCCGAGGCCCCCCAAAAAACGUGAGUACCCACCUCCUCCCCCUCAGCCUGCAGCCACACCAACCAGCCCGGCCACGGCGUGCAGCCCGGCCACAGCCGCAGGCCCGGCCACAGCCACGGAGGAGGCCAAGGGCCGCAACCCACGGGCUGGAAGGACUCUGACCUACACGGCCAAGCCAGCCGGCGGGAUUGGCGGGGGUGGGGGUCCCCCUGCGGGGCCUGGCCGGGGCCCCUCUCAGCUACAGGCUCCACCUCCACUAUGUCAGAUCACCGUGCGGAUUGGAGAGGAGGCCAUUGUCAAGCGCCGCAUCUCAGAGACUGACCUGCGCCCGGGGGAGCUGAGCGGAGAGGAGGUGGAGAGCGAGGAGGACGACGACGACGACGAAGAGGACGACGACGACGACGACGACGACGAGGCGUCGCGGGCUGGCGGGGAGGACCAGCUCUGGCGGCCCUACUACUCGUACAAGCCCAAGCGCAAGGCGGCAGCGGGCGCAGGCGGCAGCGGGGUUGGCGCGCUGUCCCGGGGCCGCCGGCCGCCGCGCUGGAGACAGAAGCCCGAUCGCAGGGGCUGGGAGGAGCCGGCGGCCGCCGAGGGGCCCGCGGGCCGCGGCCGGGCCGAGCGGAGGCACCGCUGCGAGGACUGCGCCCAGACCUUCGCCACCCUGCGGAAGCUGCGCAAGCACCAGGAGGCGCACGGCGGCGGCUCGCACGGCGCCCGCGGCGGCCGGCGGUCCUCCAACCGCUUCGCCUGCCCGCACUGCGCCAAGGUGUGCAAGACGGCGGCCGCGCUGAGCCGCCACGCGCAGAGGCACGCGGCAGAGCGGCCCGGGGGCGCGCCCACGCCCGUCAUCGCCUACUCCAAGGGCGGCGCCGGCACGAGGGCCGGGGAUGUUAAGGAGGAGGCUCCUCAGGAGAUGCAGGUCUCCUCGUCCAGCGGGGAGGCGGGUGGCGGGAGUGCGGCCGCCGACGGGGCCUCCGAGACCGCCUCCCUGCAGGACCCCGUCAUCUCAGGGGGCGAGGAGCCCCCGCUGGUGGCGGCGGGGGGCGCCUACGCGUACCCGCCGGUGCAGGAAUUUCCGCUGGCUCUGAUCGGGAGCGGCCGUGAGUCCGGCGGUGGGAGGGGGAAGGUGGGUGGCGAGGGGCCGGUGGGCGCCGGGGAGGGGGACCGCGUGGAGGGGAUGGGGGCUGCCAAAGUCACCUUCUACCCGGAGCCCUAUCCGCUCGUCUACGGCCCCCAGCUCCUGGCUGCCUACCCUUACAACUUCAGCAAUUUGGCCGCCCUCCCGGUGGCCCUUAAUAUGGUCCUACCUGAUGAGAAGGGUGGUGGGGCCCUUCCCUUCCUUCCGGGGGUCUUCGGCUACGCAGUCAAUCCUCAAGCGGCGCCCCCUACGCCCCCAACCCCGCCUCCCCCCACUCUCCCCCCGCCAGUACCCCCUAAGGGAGAAGGGGAAAGGGCAGGGCUGGAGAGAACCCAGAAGGGAGAUGUGGGGUGAGCUCUGGGCCCACCUCCCCCUUCACCAGAUGCCACCCUCCCUGAACCCCCUGCCACUACCAGCUCCCUGGCUUCCCUGCCCCCUUGGGAGCCCCUCCACACUCUUGUGCAGGGACCUGGGGGCCCCUGGAGCUCAGGGGUCAGGCUGCUUAGUGUGAGAUUAUAGUUUUUCCCAUCUCCUGGGAGGGGAUCUUGGGCGGUUCCCCUCUCAGUUCUCCUCCAGGGAAUGGCCUCCACAGGGGCAGGGCCAGCUCUCAUCCCUUCUCUAGCCCUCGGGGCAACUGAGCAAUAUACUUAUAUGAAUCUCUACUCACGGCCCCCACCAGCUCUGAAUGUCUAACCCACCCUCCUGAUUCGUAAACCCCGAGGGGAAACCAUCUCUUUCACCUAGUGAUCUCCCCUCAUUCUGAAGCUUUCUCUAAGCCCCUGCCUAGAUGCUUCCUAGCACAUUCCAUUCUUCAUGGCCCAGGGCCUGGACCACACCAUUGUGAUACCUGACACCUGCCCACCUGGGAGCAUGGCUUCGGUUUCCAUUCUCCCCAGGAGUGGGUUUCUGUGUCCCUCUUUCCUUCACAUCGAGAUGCCAUGCCUUCCUUGGCUUUCAUGCCUUUGGAUCUUCCAUAUACCUCCUCAUUCUCCUGGACUCUGGAGAUGGCCUCUUCCAAUCCAGGUCAAGGAGGUGUUGAGGGGAGGGCUACCCAUCUGUUCCACGGCUGAGCACUUUCCCAGCCCAGGGCAGCACUAAUCUUGGCCCUGUCUUGACCCCCAAAUCCAGUGAGCCCCAGAUUCUUCCAAGGCAAAGGGGUGAAUAGACCGCACCUCUUCCUGCCUCUACCUAUGGCCUCUUCUGGGCUGAAUCAGAUUUGGGGGCCAGGAUGGAGAAGCUCCGUAUGGAAUGGGGAAGGGAAUCUAAUUCUCCGUUUUUUCCUGAUGGUUUCUCCCAGACUAGACCAAAUAGCCAGAAAAGUGAUGGGGGUUGGAUGGGUGGGUAAGCCCAAUUUGCACAUGACCUCCCAUCCUUACCUUUACCUCCAUCUUCCCCAGUGUCGCUUCCCUCACCGUUCACUCCAGGUGGUUUUUGGGGAACCAUCCUACUCCCUUGGUGGGCUUUGGGGUAUCCCCACCGACUUUUCCUCCAGAAUAGCACCUUACACCCCAUCUUUGACUCAGUUCCCCACACCCAAAGAUCCCAGCCUAGGGAUGGGGUGCAGGGACCAUCAACAGUCCCUAAUCCCUAAUUUGCACUAGUUAACCCUGGUCAGGGGUCCGUAUGUUUCCUUCCAGUGGGGGAGUUGAAGAAAUGUUUGCUCCUACUUCUCUUUGACGACCGGGCAUCCCCACUCUGUGAUUGGAUGAAUAUUUCCUAUCCCACCCACUUCCUGCCCUACCCCCCCCCAAAAAAAAAAAACAGCUCACAAGGGGAGAGCCAGUUUGGGGGAGCAAAUCUGAUAAAUGGGAAUUAGAGGAGUGCAGUUUAAAAAGGGGAAAGGCUGCCACCGUUUAGAUGGGAGCUUUAUCCCAGCUACUGUUUUCCGGGGCCGAGAUGGCUGCCCUCUCAUGUGGCUGAAAGGGCAAGAUCAUGGCUUUUGGAGGGAGGUGAGCUUGGGGGGAAAGGACCAGGAGCAUCCUCCUGCCUCCUCUUACCCUCCUCGUCUAUAGGAAGGGGUAGGGUUUUGACAGGCUCCUGAAUGUUAACUACGGAGGAGUCACUCCUUUACUCCUCCUCUGUCUCUUUGCACUUUUCUUGGUCUUGGCCACAGUCCGAGUGAAGAGUUUCCUACUGAAUGUACCAAGUUCCAAUUUUUAAGGGGGUAAGAAGCUUAAAACGGGAAAAAUGCAAAAAAAAAUCACUAAAAAAUUCCCACAAAUCUUGUUUCUGGCACUUUAGAAAAACUGCGAAAAAAAGAACAUAAUAAAGAAUACAUAUAUAUAUCUACACACAAAUUUUAUAUAUAUAUAUAUAUACACACACACAUAUAUAUAUAUACACAUACACACACACACGCACGCACGCACACGGCGGAACCACAAGAGACAGAAGCCUUGGAGGCAGGGGGCAGAUGUGAUGACAGCUCCCCUAUUAUCCUUAACCUGCACUCCUCUGAGGCAGAAAGAAAGGCACAGGGAACAGAAGGAGUUGAGGAUGGACCGGGGCAUUUGAAUUUCAGAACAGGUCAAAAUUCCAAAACCAUGGACAUUUGGGGAGAACUGAGAUUGCAGACAUUUAUUUUUCUCGGGGAAACAUGUUUUAGGAAGGUAGUUUCCAGAAUUUGGUGGUUCUGGGCAACAAACGAAAUUGUGGCAAAUUGGAGAUUAAAACAUAUGUAUCCAAAGCUGGGGAACGUGAAUAUUGUGAAUUUCAGAUGUUGGAAAUUUGGGAUUUUGCCAUUUCGUCUUUUUGAAAAUUACUCAAGUUUUGUCAGUUUGUGCCCUCCUUGCCCAUGUUCCCUGGGGAGAAGGGUGAUGGUGGAGUGGAAAGGCCACUGGUUCUGUGCCACAGCACGCAAGGGUUAGAAUUCUACAGACUGUAGCUCUAUACGUAGUGAGGACCCAGAUUUAGAGAAACUGACCAAUAUUUAUCUCCGCAUUUGUGUGUGUGUCCAACUCUCUAGGCCAAUAAACCAACAAGACAAACAAACUGUGCUCUGCAGUGGGA